GGAGUGGGGAUGGCCAGGGACAGAUCCUGCAGCGCUUCCCAGAGAAGGACUGGGAGGACAACCCCUUUCCCCAAGGAAUUGAGCUGUUCUGCCAGCCCAGUGGUUGGCAGCUCUUCCCUGAGAAGAAUCCUCCCACCUUCUUCGUGGCUGUGCUGACUGACAUCAACUCGGAGAGGCACUACUGCGCCUGCUUCACCUUCUGGGAGGCUGUGGAGAGCCCACAGCCCCAGAGCCACCCCAGGAAUGGUGAGGGCGAGGAGGAGGGUGAAGAACCAUCAUCUCCUGUUCAGCCCACUGAACUCUUCGCUCCCAAGAGCCUGGUGCUGGUGUCCCGCUUGGACCACGCGGAGGUGUUCCGGAACAGCCUGGGCUUGAUCUACACCAUCUAUGUGGAUGGGCUGAGUGUGUCCUUGGAGAGUGUCAUUGGGAACCUCCUGACCUGCACCAUCCCCAUCACUGGGGGAGCACAGAGGACGAUCUCCCUGGGCGCGGGGGACAGGCAGGUGAUCCAGACUCCUAUCAACGACUCCCUCCCUGUCAGCAGCUGCAGUGUGGCCCUGCUCUUCCGCCAGCUCGGUAUCACCAAUGUGCUGUACCUGUUCUGUGCUGCCCUGACCGAGCACAAGAUCCUGUUCCUCUCCAGCAGUUACCAGAGGCUGACGGACGCCUGCCGUGCCCUCCUUGCCCUCAUGUUCCCCCUCAAGUACAGUUUCACCUACGUGCCCAUCCUGCCUGCACAGCUCCUCGAGGUGCUGAGCACCCCAACGCCGUUCAUCAUCGGCGUCCACUCCAUCUUCCAGUCGGAGACACAGGAGCUGCUGGACGUGGUGAUUGCAGACCUGGACGGUGGCACCGUGACUGUCCCUGAGUGCGUCCACAUCUCCCUGCUCCCUGAGCCCCUGCUCCAGCAGACACGGGAGGCUCUCUCCAUGGUCCUGGACCCGGAGCUGGAGAUGGCAGAUCUCGCCUUCCCCCCUGCCACCAUCUCUGCCUCUUCCCUCAAGAUGCAGGACAAGGAGAUCCGCGCGGUGUUCCUGCGGCUGUUCGCGCAGCUGCUGCAGGGCUAUCGCUGGUGUCUGCACAUCAUCCGCAUCCACCCCGAGCCCGUCAUCCGCUUCCACAAGGCAGCAUUCCUUGGACAGCGAGGGCUGACGGAGGAUGACUUCCUUACCAAGGUGCUGGAGGGCAUGGCCUUCGCUGGCUUCGUGACGGAGCGCGGGGCCCCGUACCGCUCCAUCGACCUCUUCGACGAGCUUGUGGCCUAUGAGGUGAAGCGCAUGCGGGCAGAGGAGGGGAACAAGCAGAAGGUCCUGAGGCACAUCAAGGAGCUGGCGGAGAAGCUGUACAAGAAUGAGAACCCGUACCCUGCGGUGACCAUGCACAAGGUGCAGAAGCCCACGGAGGGUUGUCACCUGCGCCUGCACCAGAAGCCCUUCCCCAGGCUGGAUGAGGGGACAGUGCAGUGGAUCAUCGACCAGGCCACAGCCAAGCUGCAGACAGCCCCUCCAGCUGUCAAGGCUGAGAAGAAGUGCAUGGUGCCAUCAGGACCUCCCAUCGCUGCCAUCAUGGAGCGUAAUGGCAACGCCUUGGCCAACAGCGCCCGACGCCUGGAGGUCGUCAGGAACUGCAUCUCCUACGUCUUCGAGAACAAGAUGUUGGAAGCCAAAAAGCUGUUCCCGGCGGUGCUGCGCGCCAUGAAGGGUCGCGCCGCGCGGCAGUGCCUGACGCAGGAGCUGCACCUGCACGUGCAGCAGAACCGAGCCGUGCUGGACCACCAGCAGUUUGAUUUCGUCAUCCGCAUGAUGAACUGCUGCCUCCAGGACUGCACGGCCAUGGAUGAGCAUGGAAUCGCUGCUGCUCUCCUGCCGCUGGUCACUGCCUUCUGCAGGAAGCUGAGCCCUGGCAUCACACAGUUUGCCUACAGCUGUGUGCAGGAGCACGUGGUGUGGACAAACAUCCAGUUCUGGGAGGCAAUGUUCUACUGUGAUGUGCAGAACCACAUCAGGGCCCUGUACCUGGACAGCAGCGAGGAGAACCACACGGAGGAGAGCACGGAGGAGCCGCAGGAAGCCAGGUCAGCACUGGAGAUCGCGUCAGAGCAGCUGCGGCUCUGGCCCACCAUGAGCCGCGAGAAGCAGCAGGAGCUGAUCCAGAAGGAGGAGAGCACUGUGUUCAGCCAGGCCAUCCAUUAUGCCAACCGCAUGAGCUACCUCCUGCUGCCCCUGGACACCAGCAAGAACCGCCUGCUGCGCAGCUCCGGCCUGGGCGACAUGGAGAGCGUCAGCAACAGCUUCGUCACGAACAGCAUCGCUGGCAGCGUGGCUGAGAGCUACGACACCGAGAGCGGCUUCGAGGACGCCGAGAGCUCCGACGUGGCCAACUACGUUGUCAGGUUCAUCAACCGCUUUGUGGACAAGGUCUGCACCGAGAGCGGUGUCACCAAUGAGCACCUCAAGGGGCUGCAUGUCAUGAUCCCUGACAUUGUGCAGAUGCACAUUGAGACCCUGGACGCUGUCCACAGGGAGAGCAAGAGACUUCCUCCCAUCCAGAAGCCCAAGCUGCUGCGCCCCAACCUGCUGGUGGGUGAGGAGUGUGUGAUGGAGGGGCUGCGCGUGUACCUCAUGCCCGACGGACGGGAGGAAGGUGCUGGGGGGAGCAUUGGGGGUCCUCCUCUCCUCCCUGCAGAAGGAGCAAUCUUCCUCACCACCUACCGCAUCAUCUUCAAGGGAACCCCCACGGACCCGCUGGUGGGGGAGCAGGUGGUGAUCCGCUCCUUUCCCAUCGCCUCGCUGACCAAAGAGAAGAAGAUCAGCAUCCAGGCCCAGGUGGAUCAGUUCAUCCAGGAGGGCUUGCAGCUGCGCUCCUGCACAUUCCAGCUGCUGAAGAUUGCCUUUGAUGAGGAGGUGGCCUCAGACAGUGCGGAGAUCUUCCGGAAGCACCUGCACAAGCUGCGCUACCCCCAGCACGUGCGUGGCACCUUCGCCUUCACCGUGGGCCAGUCCCCCAAGCAGGUCAUGCAGCCCAAGGCCAAGGAGAAGAACCCCUCACUCAG